AACGCUCGCAGGCGCGUCCCAUCAUCUGACCAAUCAGGGUGACUGGAUCGGGCCCCACCCCCGCUGGCACUUGUGGAGUGGGCGGGGCGGAACGCCAGGCAGCGGAGGUCGCAGCAGGCAGCCGGGAUCCCGAGCUUCCGGGCGGUAACCGAGCUGGGCCUGAGGGCACUCUGCAGCCCAGGAGUCGGUGGUAUCCACUCUCCACUGUGGGAAGCCAGAUGAUACACCCAGGAUGGUGGAGACCAAGGACCUGGUGCAGCUGCGGCAGCUCAACCUGGAGCUCCUGAGGCAGCUGUGGGUUGGGCAGGAUGCCGUGCGGCGGUCGGUGGCCAAGGCGGCCUCAGAGUCAAGCCUAGACUCCAGCAGCAGCUAUGACCCAGAGAUGUCAUCGUCCCAAAGGACAUCCUCAGUGGCCCUGAGAGCCUCCUGCCCACGCGAUACCCACCAAGGUGACCCCUGUGAUACCUCCUGGCCUGGCGGGGCCAGCUCUGGGGUGACCUCUCUCCCACCUGCCAAGUGCCAGUACCAGGAGUCCCUGAGCCCACUGAGGCCCUGCUCGGCACCCUUGCUGGCCACCUCAGACUCGAGUGACCCAGAGUAUUCAUCAGAGCUGGAGGCACAGACCCCGAUGUCCAUCCUGGAUCAACAAAGCAAGCUAUCCAAGCCAAGAGUGACCUUCAGUAAGGAAUCUCCAGUGCCUAAGGAGAGCUGGCGCCUCAGACCAUACCUGGGCUACGACUGGAUUGCAGGGUCCCUGGACAACAGCUCGCCCAUCAGCAGCAAGCCUGAGGCCUUCUUCUCGAAGCUGCAGGAGUUCCGUGAAGCCAACAAGGAGGACUGUAUUCACAGUGACCCCGAACCCCAGCUCCUAGGCCCGCAGGAGAGCAGUGGUGUUGAGAAAGAACAUGAAUGCCUGUACUGCUACCAUGUCAACCAGCGCCUGUUCCUGGUGCCUUCGGACCCUGCCACCCCCUGCCGCCUGUGCAGGAUACCACGGGACCAGCGGGGCCCUGAGACCCUGGCGGAGCCAGCGCAGGUCAGGGUGAGCAUCCCACUGUCUGUGCUGGACCCCCCACACCAGUACCACAUCCACCGGCGGAAGAGCUUUGAUGCCUCGGACACGCUGGCCCUGCCUCGGCACUGCCUGCUGGGCUGGGACAUUGUCCCUCCGAAGUCCGAUAAGAGCUCAGCCCCCAAGAGCCUGGACCUCUGGUCCUGUGUCGCCCCCGACGCCCAGCACCGGAAGCUGUCAGCCGCCAGUCCUUCCCACCAGGCCCUGCCAACACGGGUCCCGAUCUGGUCAGAACCCCAGAUGACCUGGUCCCAUGCCUCCCGGCUGAAGCCCUGAGACUGGCCACUUGGAGGACAGUGCCCUUGCCAUCGCCUCCCGCCUUUCCCCUCUGGCAGGGGAGCUCGCAAGAGGGGAACCCUGCCUGGGCCCUACCCUCCUAGGUUGGGCAGGUGGGUAGGCCCAGGCCUGUCUCUGUCCUGGGGACAGACAGAGGAAACUGUAGGGUGAGGGGUAAGGACAUUCUGUGACUGUAAAUAAAGCUCAGCACUGUGUGCAGCCCCAGA